GGGCCGGCCGGGACCCCCCUCUGGCCUUGCUUCCCUGCCCGAACCCCUCCCCCUCCUGUCCUAGUCCCCGCCCCUAGCCAAGCCCAGCCCGGGCAAGUGGCGAGCCUCCACCAAGCCUGCUAUCGAGAAGAAAAGCUGUUCUCCCCGGGUGGCUGCAGCUCCCCCAUGGCACUGUACCUGCUGGCCCAGCGUGCCCAUGCACGGCGGCGACGGCGAGUGCCCCAGGAGCGGGUGUUCAAGCCCCGGAUCCAGUUCCUGAACAUGCCAGAGGAGCAGGUGAUGCGGCGCUACCAGCUCAACCCUGAGAUGAUCCGAGAUCUGUGUCACACGCUAGAGUGCGACCUGCAACCCUCAACUGGCCGCAGCCACGCUCUGCCUGUUUACGUCAAGGUGACAGCUGCCCUCAACUUUUACACAUCAGGCACCUUCCAGACUCCAGCAGGUGAUGCAGCUGGCAUCAGCCAGGCCAGCAUGUCCCGCUGUGUUUCCCAGGUCACAACUGCCCUGCUCCGCCGUGCCAAUGCCUACAUUCGCUUCCCCUUCCAGCCCCGGGAGCAGGCCCACACCAAGGAGGAGUUCCUACGCAUUGCUGGCUUCCCCAACGUGCUGGGGACAUUGAGCUGCACCCACGUGGCCCUGAAGCCACCUGCAGAUCACGAGAACCUCUACCGCAACCCCCUGCGCUUCCACUCCAUGAACAUGCAGCUGGUGUGUGAUGCCCAUGGCCUAAUAACCCAUGUGGUGGCUGAGUUCCCUGGCUCUGUGCCAGAUGCCCACAUCCUCAGCUGUUCCAACCUCAAGAGUAUCUUUGAAGGGCACAGGAACAUGGAUGGCUGGUUGCUGGGAGAUGGAGCCUAUCCCCUGAAACCAUGGCUAUUGACACCAGUGAAAGCAGCAGGGACAGCAGCUGAGCAGCGAUACAACACAGCGCACAUGGCCACACAGGCUGUGGCAGGACGGACAGUAGGGGCAUUAAAGGGUCGGUUCCGGUGCCUGGACCGGGCAGGAGGGGUGCUCCAAUACAGCCCCCUCAAGGUCUGCCACAUCUUUGUGGCCUGCUGCAUCCUGCACAACAUGGCUGUGAAGCGGGGUAUUGCCAUGCCAGAGGGGGUAGAGCCGGAUGCUAAGCCAUGUACCCAGGUGUCUCCUCACCCUGAGCCCCUCUGCCAGGAGGCUCAUCACCUGCAGCAAGAGCUCAUCACCAGCUACUUCAGCUGAGGGGGCAGCAUGGGCCAUUGACUUACAUGCAUGUGGGAGGGAGAUACAGGAGUUGAAAGCUAGUGCAGGCUAGGGUGGAAUGUGUGUUAGAGGAAAGAGAAAGCUUUCUGAGCUAAACUAAGGGCCACAGUCCUACUAAAACCAUCUUCCCAAAGGGGAGGUUUGCAAGUACACACCCUCCCCCAAGACAGGCAAACAGCAGGAGGCUUUGUUAGUGUAGAACCUCCCCUUGUAGGCAGCAGCCUCUAGUAUUCUACCACUGUAGGAUGUAAUCUGGGCUCCUGCGGUAGCCAUUUCCCCCAGGCCCUAGCUAGGAAGCUGGCACCCUGGCAGCGCUAGGGAAGAUACAAGUGUUCAGAUCCCCGGUGGACCACUAACAACCCUCUUCUGCUAGGACAUUAAACUGUCUGCUCUCACUU